UCCAAAGACAUGAAGUUCAACAAAUUGUUCCUGAUCGUUGUGUUGGCUGCUCUGCUGCUGUCGGGUCUGACAGAGGCAGGAAAAUGGAAAAAGUUCGGCAAGGAGAUUGAGAAAACGGGCAAGCGAGUUUUUAAAGCUGUCGAAAAAGCCGUUCCGGUUGUCCUCUCAACACUGUCUCUAGGACAAUAUCUCAAAAAGUCACCCCGAAACUCCCCCAUCCCCGACGAUGAAUAUGGUCGGUCAAGGGGGUGAAAUGAAAAAUAAAUUUUCUCAGUUGUAAUGUUGAAUAAAUUUGUCACCUGAUUCAAGAAGAGUUAAA